AUGACUGAAAGAAUCAAAUCUUUAUUGGAGUACAGCAUACCUGAUACCGCAACCGGGCUCCUAUCCAACAUUGUCAGACCACCUAUUACCGCUCAGAACUUUGAAUUAAAACCUCAAUUCAUACAGUUCAUCUCCAAUGACUCAUUUGCAGGCACACCUCAUGAAUGCCCUGUUAGUCACAUAGACAGUUUCUUGGAGAAGUGUGACACCAUAAAGCUCAACGGUGUUACUAAUGAUGCUAUCAGACUUCGUUUGUUCCCUUUUUCACUCCGGGAUAGAGCAAAGGAAUGGUUACGAAACGAAGGUAUAGGUUCCUUUGAUACAUGGGAUAAGCUUGCCAAAGCUUUCUUAGAAAUAUUUUUAGGGCAAGAGAAGACUGCAAGGUUAAGGAACGAGCUAGCUACCUUUCGUGAAUCUGAUGAUGAGUCUUUAUAUGAGGCAUGGAGAAGAUUCAAGCGCUUACAGAGACAAUGCCCUCAUCACGGUAUCCCAGAGUGGAUGUUGAUCCAAACAUUCUACAAUGGUCUGACCCUUGAGUUCCGCAUAUACAUUGAUGCUGCAUCCGGGGGUUCUCUCAUGACUAAGAACCCAACUGAAGCCAAAGAGCUAAUUGAGAAGAUGGCAGCCAAUGAUAAUUAUCAUCCAGGAGGUCGACAUAGUGUGAAGAAGGGAGGUAAAUUAGAUGUUGAUGCUCUAACUCUUUUGACUAGCUCUGUGCAGGCAUUGACAAGCAAGUUUGACAGACUCCAAGCCGGAACAUCUACUAGCUCACCGGAGACCUGUCAGAUGUGUAAUGUGCAGGGUCACAUUGCACCUAAUUGCCCCAAAAAUUCCAGUGAGAUGUCAAUUGAGGAGGCCAAUGCAUUCUACACCUUUAAUCCUAAAAGGCCGUAUGAUCCUCAUUCAAACACGUACAAUCAAGGAUGGAGAAAUCAUCCGGAUUUCUUUUAUAUGAACACUCAAGCUCAAUUGAAUUCUCCGUCACCACCACCUAGUUUUCAAGCAAGGGCAUCCUUUAAUCACCAACCCAUAAAGCAACAACUACCACCGCAAACUUCAAAAUACAAUCUUGAUUCCAUUAUGGAGACUUUCACUACUUCCCAGCUUCGACAGCAAGAGCUUAUGACAAAGCAAUUUGAGCUACAAGCAAAGCAAAAUGAACACUUUGAAAGCUUGAUUCAAAUGCUUAUUGCUCAAAAUAAGAGGAUAGAAACUCACCUUUCUCAACUUUCACAACAAGUGAGUCAUUUAUCAACUCUUCAUGAUCAAGCAAAAGUCCAAAAGGAACAAUGCAAUGCAGUUUUCUUGAGAAGAGAUGAAUUAUUUUCGAGGAAAAUAGAUGAGAAAGUGUGCAGUGUGGAGUCAAGAAAAGAUGAAAAGUGUAAGGAUGUAAAAAGUCCCAAAUAUGUUGCUCCACCGGCCUAUGAGGAACCGAUGCCCUUCCCGCAAAGGUUGUCAAAAGCUAUGCUCGAUAAACAUUUUAGGAAAUAUUGUAAGACUCUUAAAAAGGUACAUGCUUCCAUUCCUUUUUCUGAUCUUUUAAUUCAAAUGCCUCAAUUCGCAAAAUUUGUGAAGGAAAUUAAAGAGCAACAUGAUAAUAAGGAAGUAGUAAAUGAGAAAUGCUCUACUCUUUUACGUGAUAGCCUACCACCUAAGCUGCAUGAUCCUGGUAGUUUUAUUAUUCCCUGUAUUAUAAACGAAAUAUUUUUUAACAGGGUCUUGUGUGAUUUAGGUGCUAGUGUAAAUUUAAUGCCUUACUCAUUAUAUGAAAAAUUAGGUUUGCAAAAACUUAAACCUUCCCCUAUUUCUCUUCAAAUGGCUGAUAGGACUACUAGACUCCCUAAGGGUGUUGUUGAGGAUGUAUUAGUUAAGGUUGGUGAACUUGUUUUCCCUGUUGAUUUUGUUGUUAUGGAUAUGAAAGAAGACCAUAAGAUCCCGAUUAUAUUUGGUCACCCAUUCCUUGCCACAAGUCAAGCUCUAAUAGAUGUUCCCAAAAGACAAGUGACCACUAGGGCCCAGGAUAUACAAGUAGUGUUUAAGCUCUUAAUGAACAUAAUUUUAUAUUUGAUGGUGGUACUUGUUUAA